ACUGUCAUGUAUGUCAUCGGAAGCAUCAGUACUGGAGCCAGACCCAUCACAGAUAUAGAAACAGUUUCCACUACUUAGUCUACUACAUGACAUAGAAAUGGAAGACAGUGUCCAUGAAAUGAGUCUUUCUUCAGAAGAACUUACCACUUGGUCCAAGGAAAAUUUACAACAUUGGCUUUCGAAACAUGGUUUAAAAAAAUCUGGAAACAAAUCUACUUUGGUGAACAGAAUAAUCCGUACAAUUAAUUUUGGUGAAAGUGAUAUAUCAUCUGAUAGUGAUAGCUCAGACGAGGAAAAUAACUACACAAACUUGCCUAAUAUAAAGGAACUUGAAAAAUGGGAUGAGCUGACUACAUCUAAUAGCCCUCCUGUGAGAUUAGAGGAUGUCCAUAACUAUUUCUUGUUUGAGAAGAAUCCAGUUACAGGAAGAACUAAACAUUGCAAUAGACAAUUGCAAAAAUCAAAAAAGUUCAGUAACGAGAACUAUAUAGCGGACAUACAGUAUAAUUCGGUGGAUAGUACAUCCCUUUAUUGUGUUGUUCGUGCAAAAUACAAACCAAGUAUGCGGCAAAAAGUAGCAGUUACUGAUGGUAAAGUCAGAAGCUAUUACAGCCUUUCGGUGACCUUGACCAAACAGACAGGCAAAAUAAUAUGUGCCACCUGUGACUGUAAGGCAGGACUUUCAGGUGUGUGUAGUCAUGUUGGAGGUCUUCUUUUAACAGUUGUAAAAGUGAGAACAUCGUGUACUUCCACUGGCUGUACUUGGUUGGAACCUAAUGCAAGUCUGACAAGACCACUCAGUCCUAAACGUAUUUCAGAUAUAAAUUUUGAGACGGACUCUACAAAAGAUCAUGCAAUAAAACCAUUUCCUAAUGUAUAUCAGGCUGGUCCAUGUAAAGAUCCUGGCAGUUUUUUCAAUGACAUAUUGCAUGGGUUAAAGCUGGCAAAUCCAUCUUGUGUGUUGUACCGCACAAUGUGUGCUUCAUCUGGAAAUAUAGAUGAGAUUUUGAGUAUUUAUAAACCCAGCUACAUGUACUCUAACUCAGUAGAUUUGUCGUCAACAGUGUGUCAGACUGAAUUCCGAGAAUUUACCAAUAAUUUAAAUAUCUCUGAUAAGCAGUCAGAAAGUGUCAAUAUUGCAACUAGGGGACAAUCUAACAACAGGAACUGGAAAACCAUGAGAUCAUAUUUGUUGACAGCUUCUAACUUUGGAAUGGUAUGUCGUCGUCAAGAAAAAAACCCAGCUGACAACUUGAUCAAACAGCUCAGAGGUUACAAACCUAUUCCAGAAGGUGUUCCCUCAUUACAGCAUGGUAGACGGUAUGAGAAUACAGCCAGAAGAGAAUAUAUUAAAGAACAUGUGACAAAAUGUAGUGGGGAAGUUGAAGUGAAGGACAUGGGUGUUUAUGUCAGCCAACAAUUUCCAUUUUUGGGUGCAAGUGUCGAUGGACUAAUUACAUGUUCUGUGUGUGGCUCAGGUGCUCUGGAAAUAAAAUGUCCGUAUGGCAAAAACUCUGACAAAUGGAGACAUAAAACACCUACAGAAUGUGCAACGAACAAAUCGUUUUGCUGUGAGCUUAAUCCAAGUGGUGAACUAUCUUUAAAACAUAAUCACCAAUAUUACUAUCAAGUCAUUGGACAAAUGGCUGUGUUGGAACUUACCUGGGCAGAUUUUGUUAUCUGGACAAAGAAAGGAAUCUCUGUUGAAAGGAUAACAUUCGAUGAAAACUUUUGGAUGAGUAAUAUGUUAUUCAAGCUUAAAGACUUUUACUGUGAUGAAUUUGUUGCAGAGCUUAUCACUGAACGCAUUAAACGUGGUUUCCACCUAUAUAAAUAGGUUGGUAGUGUUAAUGGCAGCAGUUUCCUGCCUGGUAAUGUAAUUAGUAUUAUGAAAGUUUCAAAUCUUGUAUACAAAUUGCAAUUUAGUUUUUGAUGUUUAUACCAUUAACAUUCUUAAACACCAAAUGUGCGUUGUGUUGGUGUGUGACAGCAGGUUGUUUGUUAAAAUUUGAAUCACUUUCUGUAUGAUCAAUAUAUAUAUAUAUGUUCAUUCACAAAUAGUUUUUAAAAUAGACAAUAUAUAAAUCCAUCAAUUGCUUAAAAUAAUGAACAAAUUACAAAAAAUCAAACAUAAUUCAAUAUUGUGUGCAAAUUUAAGUACAUGCAUACAAUUUAACAGUGCAUGUACCAAUCUUAUCUAUAUAGUACAUUAUGAUUGAUGGUGUCAUGCCACAAGAGUUUUGAUAAGAGAGUCAUCCUAUGGUUCUGAGCAUGGUACAUCCUUAUAUGACCCUGGCUAUUAACAGGAAGUAAAACAAAUCAUUAAACCAAUAUAAAUCUAAAAGAGAUGUGUAGUAAUAUUAAUCUAGAACUGUUAAAUAUAUUAAGGACACUAGUACUGCAGACAGCUUAAUUCACUUCAGUAAGGGUACGUACAAGUUUGUCGUGGCACAACAUAUCAUUAAUAUGAAUGAAGGCAAAGCCUUGGAAGAGCACAGCUAAUCUAAUUGUCACUUGUAUACGUGUAUAUAUAUAUGUUUAUGCAAUAUAUAUGUAAUUUUUUUCAUUAUAUUAGCAGAUUUAUGAAAAUCACAAGGCCAUGAUAAGUCAUCAAAAGGCCUUAUAUAACAAGAAUUAUACAGAAUUAUAUAUCUCAUCUUUCCCGCUUUAUCAAUAACAUCUUUCAAUUUAUGGAGUAGUGUUCAAGUAAUUAAAUAAUAUCAGUAACCAGUGUUCAGCGAGACAUUGAGAUAGGGUGAAAACUGAACUUUAAUGAAAAUUCUCAAAAUUCAGUUUUGAGGCCAAAAUAUGUGAAUCUGUAAAGACAUUUAAGUUUCAAUUAGAUUAAUAUUGCUUUUAUAACACAGUUUAAAGUGAAUCUGAACAUAACUUCACAAAAUUCCCUGUUAGAAUUUUUAUUUUACCCCAAAAUAGGUGAACCUGGAAAAAAAUCCUCUAAAUGAUGGAUAGGUGCAUGUACAGUAUAGGUGCAUGUACAACAGUAUAUAUGAUUGUAUCAGUACCCUCACCAGUUUCAAUUCAAUCUGACAGCAUGCAACUCAAUAACACUGUCAAAUGUGGACUUUAAACAAAUAUUGACGCCACUGCUAUUAAAUAUUUGUAGUGAUGGUUGUAAACUCGCUUUUAUUUAAUAAAUUAAUUGAACAAAUUAAAUAAGGCCAAAAAGUGUAAUUUCUGUAUAUGAAUUAAAUAAUUAUUUCUAUAACCCAUCCCUAUAGGGUAACAGGACACCCUGUGGUAAAAAAACAAAAAAGAAAAAAGAAAAAAAAAAUCUAAUAUUUUGAAAAGUACCUAAAUCAAGUCUCUUUCAUCCAUGAAGGAUAUGUUUGAUUUCUUCAUAUCUGGAAGUUUAGAAGUUUC